UGAUUCGCGUUGACGUGCGCUGAUUAUAAUUUUCGAUUCGGUCGUCUCUUCCGUUACCGUCGUCGUCGUCGUCGUUUUCGUGGUCGUCGUCGUCGGAUUUUUUUUUCGCGGGAAGAUUUAUCGUUUGAUUAACCUUUUUUCUGUUUGAUUUUCUAGUUUUCGGUGGAUUGAGUUACGCGUCCAUUUCAAUUAACUUUGUUUAAUCGUUCGCGUGAUAUUUUGACGUAUUGUUUUUUUUUUGCGGCGGUUUCAUUCAACCACCACCGUAACCUUGGUUCUACAUCGACAACAUUCGCUUUGGGGGGGAUCCGUUCCCUGGAUUUGGACCCCCUCGGGCAGGCUUCCGAGGAUAGCUUUUGUGAAAAUUUGUUGUGAAUGUACUGGGAAAAAGUUUUAUUAUCCCGAUCGACGCGCGCCCAGGAUGGGGCCUCCUAAACAGUCUGUGAUGUGGGGCGGGGACAAGGACGCGUAGACAACGCGGAAUUCGAUGGAACCCCCGGUGAAGGAAAGUGAAAUAACAAUCGCAAAUUCAACGCUGGUUUAGAAAGUGAUUUUUUUCUCCUGCGAAGCUUCUGCGGGGAAAAAGUGAACGAAGGCCUCAGCCUCAACAAAUUGAGCAACACGAGAAGUGCCUGCGCAAAACAAAAAAUAAAAGAAAAAAUAAUAAAAGAUACAAACCUCGCGAAUUGAGAAGGAAAGUUAUUGAAAAUGAAUCUGUGAGGAGUGUGGUGUGCGCCUACGAUUGCUAGCCAACAAUAGAAGGAUUAUUAUCGUGAAAUCUGUGCUCGUCGCGGAGCGGAAGGAGAAAGGGAAGCAAUUGGAAAAUUAAGCUCAGUGGUUGAAUAGAGAAGUGGAAUACCAGAGCAGAAAAGAAACACACACACAGCAAAACCCCGAAAAGUGUUAAGUGCAUGUUGAAUUGCUUGGUCUAUUGUUUGGGAUGAUAAGUUUGCAUAUUUCUACCCGCCGCCGAAAAAUCGUCCAUCGUCCAUCGGCGAGAAAAGAUUUGUCCGAAAAAUUGAAAGUGUUACAUACACACACAACUCCGGUCGCGCCGAAUCGAUGAGAGAUAGUAAAAGUGGAUUAAACACGGCCAAAACCGGGCAAAAGUGAAUGUGUGAAGUGCAUACAGAGUGUAAAAUUAGCGGUAAUUAACCGACUAAAAGCGUGUUUAUGAGCAGUACUAGUGGUGAAUCGUCGUGUCACUGAGUAGAAAAGAAGAAACACACAAACCCCGAACGCGUGGCGUGACAUACUUUAACAGAGUGAGCGAAAAAAAAAAACUGCGUGAAAAUAGAAGAAGUCGAAGUAGGCUUGUUGGAUUACCCACCGGCCCGAUUGUUCUGGAUCAUCUCUUAUCGUUGUUUCAAUACGAGCUCGGAGACCAUCAACCGCUCGUCCGCAAACCGACCGCCACAAUCGCCGUCGAUUGUCAAGCUUGCUAAGUAUUCCGGUAAUGGAAGCUAAAGAACGGAUACUGAAACCUUAAAUGGCCUACAACUGCUCAAGAUCUCCGUGUGCAACUCAAUCCAGUUACCAUACUGCAAAGCUUAAUUUUCAACAAGAACCCGAACUGCCUCGCUCUCCAUCAGCCCGAAAUUUUCUCUGCGGACCGCCGUUCCUCGCGAUAUGGUUCCCGUCGCCAUUGCGUCGUAACCGCCGAACCACCACCGAUUUUCCGUAUCUUUUGUAUCCUCACGGACAAAAAUGAUAAUCGCAAACCCGUCCGGCCCGAAUCGGUUGCGAAUCGUCGACGAGCAGAAAACUACCGCCCUGUCGGCUAGAACGAUCACCGGAAACCAUCGAACCAAGAGACGAAUUUUUUUCUUUCAUCCAACCGAUGAAAUGUGCGCUGCUGUGAACUGUUGUGCCUCGUUGUGCACCGUACGCCAAAGUAGUGACUGAAACACUGAGGAGAAAACUCGCUUUCGUUGCAAAUAUCUGUGAUAACUAAGUAUGACACAUAUUUACCAAUGGGUUAGGAAGUAAGCAUACCGUCACAUGUUUAUUUUACGUUUCGGCAAACCCAUCAAAAUUUUUAAAGAAAACGAGUAAAAAGUGCCUUUUUUCAGAGGGAAAAAUAUCUGCUAAUAUUGUUCAAAUUUAUGUGUUCAAACGUGCGUUUUUUGCAACAGUAUACGAGUCCGGUAUGCAAUAAAAAGCUAGUGCUAUAAACGAUAAAAUUUUACCCCUGCAAGGAUACAAAGUGUAAUACAUUUUAUAUCGAUAUUGAAAGAAGUGACUUUAUAGCUAAGUCAAGACUGCCAUUUUUUAAACGGUUUUAUAUUGCCUGAAUCAACAAACGGUUAUAAUAUAGCAAGGAAAGCCGAGUUACAAACCAACAGACCGAACAGCACUUUACGCUGGCGUUAGCAAGUUUGCGAGGUGGCUCUGCCAUCGUGGCGAUGCCAUUCAUCGACGAUGACCUGCUAUGGUGUCCGGAAAACGAUGGACGAAUGGUGGAUUUGCAGGCGUGCCUUCAGGAUGCCAACGGUGCCAAUCAGCACUCGGAGUCCGGUGGCAACGGCUGUGAUUUGAACAACCUGGAAGAAUCGCUUUGUAACGAUUCAGACGAAUUACUACGUCAACUCUCGGAGAACACAUUCGAACUUGAGCAAUUUUUCCAGGACUUUCCCGUAACUGAGAUUAAAGUUGAGGAGAACAAUAACGAUUUAAACCUCGAUGAAGAAACUAGUGGUCAAAUAUUCCUGCAAAACUGCAGUCAGCUGCUCUCCUCGGCAGCGGCGGUGGCAGUGGCCAACUCGCAACUCAAUGCCCUGGCCGGUGAUGUCGGUCUCGGUGAUGGCUCCGGUGGGAUGCUCGUUCAAGCCGGCAGCACCGCCGAAAGUCAACUGCAGGAACAUUAUUUCCUAGCGCAAGCCCAAGAGUUGCUGCAGCAGCAGCAAAAUCGAUUCCAGCAGUUGGCCACCAACACACUGCUGGCGGAGAAAUUACUCCAAAAUCAGACCACCCUGACCGCACUGGACGGAGGUGGAUUACCGACGACGGUAACGACCACCUCGCUGGGACUGGGAGGAUCGGCCCAGCAGCACCAGCACGGAAACGGACGAACCGGAAAGGUGCCGGAUAUCGUCAUUAAAGAUGAAGUCAAGUUUCAAGUGGACACCGAGCUACCGCUACCACCUCAGACGCCGAGUCCGCCGCCCCAGCAGCGGCUAUCAUCGCAAGCCCACCUCCACCAUCAUCUUCAUCAUCACAGCAGCAGUAACGGAAGCAGCGGGAGCCAUCACCAGCAAUCGUCCGGCAGUCUGCUCGCCAGUAGCCUCAGCCAAUCGUCCCAACAGCACCGGCCUCUCCUGCACGGACUGCUGAGUGGCACGCACAUACCUCAGGCACCCUACCACAGCCGGGGCUACAGCACAUCCAGCACAGAAAAGCUUUGCUCCACGACGUUCCCGCUAGCAACCUCCGGCACCGGUACCGGCGUGGACGAUGACGGUUUCCUGGAGAACAUCCUCCAUCUGCAGUCGAUGGAGAAGUUCAAAAACUCACAACGCUUUCUCAAGCUGACAAGCUCACUACCUCCAAGCCCAGCGGACAGUGGUGUCUCCGAUGUGGACAGCUCAAGCAGUGGUGGUCAGCCAGCCUGUAGCGAUGAACUGAAGGCCCGCCUCGGAAUUCCACUUCAAGCCAACAACAACAGCGGUAACAACAACGGUAGCAGCAACAACAACAACAACAACGGCAGCAGUAGUAAUCCGGGCAGUUCCAAUGUCGGUGGUAGCAAUGUGUUACUACCGGGUGCCGGUGGUGGAGGUGGUGGCGGUGAACUUCCCUCGAUCAAUGCGUCCUCCUCAUCACCCACGUCCGGUUCGUCGUCACUUCACUCGUCGGUGGCUCUCUCGGCGGCAGCAGCGGCAGCGGCCGCCACCCAGCAACAUCUGCAACAGCAAGCACAAGCCCACUUACCGCCGGGAACGUUCCUUCGGCCCAACUUCUACCAUCACAGUUCACCGCCGCUCCGGAAUAUCUGGAACCAGCGCAGUGUACCCCUUACCGACAACUAUCACUACCUGCACUCGAUGAACGCAGCGGCGGCCGCGGGUUACACUUCCUCCCACUUUCAGACACCAUCGCAACCCCGGGGACAGUCCGGUGGUUCCCUGGCAAACGGAGGCAACGGUUUGAACGUCAUGAACCAGCACCAUCUGCAUCCACAUCAUCCACAUUUGGGUGGCCAACAUCCGGGUGCCCACGUGGGGAACGGUGCCGGUGGUCCUCCCGGAGUCAUGGGAGGUGCACUGGUAAACGGACUUCAGCAUCACCCCCACAAUGUGUCAUCCAGCUGUCCGGAUGAUUUGUCCUACAUGCUCGAGCUGGGAUUCCCUCAGCGGAAACUGAAGAAACCGAAAAAACCCAAACUGGAAAUGGGAGUCAAACGUAAGUCGCGUGAAGGUUCCACCACCUACCUGUGGGAGUUUUUGCUGAAGUUGCUCCAGGAUCGCGAGUACUGUCCACGUUUCAUCAAGUGGACCAACCGAGACAAAGGGGUCUUCAAACUGGUCGACUCCAAGGCCGUCUCCAAGCUGUGGGGAAUGCACAAAAACAAACCGGACAUGAACUACGAAACGAUGGGUCGUGCCUUGCGGUACUACUAUCAGCGGGGAAUCCUGGCCAAAGUCGACGGUCAACGGUUGGUGUAUCAAUUUGUCGAUGUACCGAAGGAUAUCAUCGAAAUAGACUGUUCCGGUACAUAGGGCUACGAGCGACGUCCAGAUCGACGUCCGUAACCUAACCCAGAUUCACACACUAUUCAACACAAUCACACCCCCUCCCACACACACACACUAGUCCGGUUUCCGGCUCCCAUCGCGGUCUAAUUUGUAGAAAAAAAAAAAAAACAAAACAAAAAUCUACUCCUACCCUGUUUUAAAGUGUACAUACACGUGCUAAAUGAUCUUCUGUUUUUUGUUUUACGAUAUUUAUUUUUAAACGGCUUCCUUUUCUUUGAAUUUAAGUUUUCCAUGUAUCAUACUAGGUGGUAAGUUGUAAAGUUAUUCUACUGUAAAUUAUAAUUUAUUUAAGUUAAAACCCCAUGAAACCCCCGCAGACGAAGAGAGAGAGAACGGUCCUCUUCUUGACAGCUUCUAAACUAAAUUCUAGGUUAAUGACACUCACAAAUACGAGAGCAAAAAAAAAAAUUACGAAAAAGAUAAUAAAAAUAACCAACGGCUACCUAUUUUUCAUUUCGCUUUUACGUUUUGCAGUGUUUAGUUAUUGUGUUGUUUUUUUUUAUAUCUUUUAUUAAAACCGAAAAAAAAUUGAUCAAUACGUGUACGGUCCAACUAAUCAAUAGAAAAAGAAGAAGAAAAAUAGAACAAACAAGUAGAACGAACGGAAUGCGUGCCCCCACCCGAUGGAAACAAUGAAUGACCGAUAUAACAGAACAGAUAUAACAAGCGAAGUACAAAUCAUAAACACAAACACAGAAAAAAAAACCCUCAACCUCGCGCUGCAGUACUAGAGCCGAACGACGGUACGGUCGGAUUCUGUCGGUACCACAGCAGCAGUAGGUGAUUUUUUCUUGUAAUUUACUGCUAAAUGCGCUCUAGGUUUAGUUGGAGUUUUUUUUAUUUAAUUUCGUUUUCAUUUUCAUAGAUUUUUUUUUUUGGUUAAAUUGGAACGGAAUGCAACCUUUCGGGGCUUGUUUUUUCUUUGUUCGUUGGCAAAAGCAAUUCGCUGCCGAGGAUGUACAUUUCUAUGUAAAUUUCCGUGCGCUAGUUUAGGUUAAGUUAACUUUAGGCUCGGUAGAUUUUAAGUUCUAUAUCCGCUAUAACUCAAUAAGCUGUAAUCAUGUGUAAAAAUAAUGCUAUUAAGUGAAAGUAUUUUGUGUUUAAAGUUUUACCUUUAUUUUUAUUUUUCUUUAAUUUUCCGGUAACCAGACUAAGUUCGGUUUUAAGUCCUUAUUUUUACUACGAAAAACAAAACAUGUUACUGUUUUCUACUAUUUACUACAGCUCACUGCCGCCCCACCUCCCCCUCUCGUCGUCGUCAGUUGGUGAACCAACUGUCUCUUGAAAACCCUUUUGCUUUAUAUAAGAGAAUGGGGAAAUAAAAAAAAAACCGAAAGUGAUAAACCGAAAAUCAAAAAGAGCUAGGAAAGAAGCAGAAUUUGUUAGUAAUACGGAUGCGGAAGGCAACAAACAGUACACAAACACACAGAACACCGGCUGGCAAGAAUUUUAAAAGAGAAUAAAUGAAGUUUCUUUAGAAUCUUGAUCUCAUUAAUUUAUUUGUAUUGACUCACAGACGGAAUAUAUAUUUUUUUAAAGAAAUUAUUUUGGUUUCCUCACGUGUAAAUAUGCUUGAAAUUUGAGUUUUCAUCGUUUCAUUUUUAAAUUUAUUUUUACGUGUUACUUUGUGAUGGUAGAAGACAAUGUUAGGAAGUGGAUAAAAUGUUGGUUUUCGACCCCCAAAGCGCGCUAGAUUCGAUGGAACCGAUUCAAAAUACAGUAACAAAAACGAAAGCGAAAUCAUAACAAGAUGCCUACCAACCUCCAACCAUUUGACACUGCCAACUGCCAUUCGAUGAGUGAGAGAUAGAGAGUUCGGAAUUGGUGCGUAGUAGUUUAGCCAAAAUUAGCCACCCUCCCCGUUCGCUUUAGGUACAAUAUGGUCACCGUUAAAACGCUAGCGAAAUCAAUUGAUAUCGAAUCAAAUUGAAUCUAGUACGCCACCACUCAUCACAUUUGUUAUUGCAAAAAAAAACCACUAUCGUCGAACCAACUUGUAUCCACUUCGAACGAACAAAAAUUCAACGUGUUAGCUUUCGCAAUACUCUUCGCAAAGAAUUAAACAAACAAAUAAACAAACAUGCCUGUUCCCUCUUUGGAUUUUGAUGCUGCUUUGUGUUCUAUAAUAUUUUUGCUAUAUUCCCGAGAAUCAACCGAAUUCGAUUGCGCCAGUGUCAGUGUGAAGGUGGUUUUGCGAUCGAACCGGAAACGUAAUAGAAUUUUACUUUCAAAGGACAAGUACGUGCAAUGAAGAAACAACACCUAGAAGAAGAAAAACCCACAAACAAAUGAAAAAAAUACAAUUCCACCCAAUGUAAUUUGCCGGAGCAGUGCUAGAAAGAUUUUUAGCGAAAUCAAAUCCAUUCAUGGAGGCCCCCUCCACUCGCAAUCCAAAAGAUUUGGGAAAAUCAAAACCACAUUCUUUCAGAAAACGAAACGAAACACUAGUAGGCAGAAAAAUGUGGAUUGAUCGUAGAUGGAAAAAGCAAAAAAAAAAAGAUCAAAUCAGAUACAAUUUCUAUAGUUUCUUUUUACAGUAAAUAUAGACGUUAAUCUUUAUAUUAGGAGAAAAACAACUAUAUACAUAUAACAAGCAAGCAAAAAUUACAAAAAAAUACAGAAGUUUCAGUGAGAUCAGAACCACAAUCGAGCGAGUUGUAAGCAAGACGAACGCAAAGAAACACAAUCUUCUAGAAUCAUUUGUUAUGUGUAUAUUAAUUAUACUUUAAAUGUUGCAAAUUUUAUAUAUAAAAUUAUAAACUAGAAAAAAAUAAAAUAAAAAAUAUAUAAUUUAAUUUCAAUUAA